UCACAUAAAUACUGAAGGCAGACUGAACUGAGCUCAGCUAGAGAGGAAAGAGAAACAGAGGCAGAUCAGACUGAACUGACUUCAGCUGGAGGAUAAAGAGAAAUAACAGCAGAAGCUCCAUCAUCCAUUAAUAACAUGGACACCCAGAUAGCAAAGACCACUCAAAGUCUCACCACUGCGGCAGAGAUGCGGGAAACCACCGAGAUGCUGAUGAAACCCAAUGCAAACUGGGAGGAGUAUCUGACUCCUGCUCCCCUCUCUAUCGCCAUCAUGGGGGAACUCGUCUUCAUCUCCUCCAGUGAUGACUUCUCCAUCAACAAGAACCCCCCAAAAGAUGGCUUCAAAUUCAUAAAGUACCCAGAGUCCUUCAGGGCCUGUCUUAUGCAGGUCUGUAACUCAGGCUGGCACGCAUUCAACGAGGCCCACAAGAACAUGGAUCAGAUCCGCAUUCACACGAGCACAGUUCCUGAUUACAUGAAGGCUGCAGUCAAAAUUCUUUUCCACGGCACUGAUAACGUUAUUGAAACUCUCCUGCCAAAUCAACUGGACACAAUUCGCACCAUUGCAGACGAGUGCGUGACACUAGCAGACAGUGUUGAAAAGAAGUAUGCUGAUGUUAUCAAUUUAAUCCAGGAGCUGUUGGAGGCCUGUACCAAUGCUGAACACUUUCAUAAAGAGGAGCUGGAAAAGGUUAAGAUGAAACUGGAGGAAAACAAACUGAGGGAGCAGAGUGCAAAGGAGCUGAAUGACCGGUCCAAGAAAGCGAUGGAGGACAUGUCAAAGCAGGUGGAAGAAGCACAAAACACCUACAAGAAAGCCAUGGAUUCUCUUCCCUCUGGGUGGGAAAUGAUCGGCAUGGAUUUUGUUGACGGACUCUUAUCGUUGCCAACAACAAUAAUAAAUGGAGUCAUUUCUAUAGCAACUAGUCCUUUCAAGUUAGCAUCUGCUGCAAAAACAUCACGAAAAAACAAAAGGAAGAAAGUUGAUGAGAAAGUGGAUGAGUUCACACAAAUGAAAGCAUACAGCAAGUCUGCAGAGAUUCUGAAGCUUGCAGCAUCUCUCAAACAACAUGUGAGUGACAGUGAAAUAGACUGGAAGAACCUGUAUGAUCAGAAGAAUAACAAAAUGAAGACUGCAUGGACUGAGGAACAAUUCAAAAGGAUCUCUGAGGAACUGCAGAAGAUGCCAAAUGACAACAUGUGUAAGAUCGCUCUGUCACUCUGUGAAAGAGGCAUUACCAUCUGUGAGGAGCUGGCAACAUAUACUCCAGAUCAAACAUGGGAUGAGAAGAAAACUAAACAGCUGAUAAAGGACAUUCAGGAGUUGAAUGAUGGCGCCCUCACUUUUGACACUAAGAGCAAAGCAGCUUCAGGUACUCCAGCUCUUACCCCCAAACCACCAAUGAUGUUCAAAGCAGACAACAGCUCAGGAGGAAAGUCUGCUGGUCAGAGAGCAUCUGAGAAUGCUCGUUUCCGCAUCGAGCAGAGCCAAGCACAACUCAAACACGUACGACAGUCAUAUGAGAAGUGUGUGGAGAACAUGGAGAAGAAUCAGAAGGAGCUGACUGACAUCCUGGUUGAGAUGCAGAACUGCCAAAUCAAAGAGGUUGACUUUAAAACCAAAAUCAAAAUGCUGGUCAAAGGUCUCGAUGCUAUGGGCAGAGUCAAAGAGCAGUGGGAGAAGAUGGUGCUGUUCUUCCAGAUGGUCUCCAACAUCGUCAAAAUCAGCCUCAGCAAGACAAUGCACAAUUUUGUCAAGACAUCUGAAGACACCAAGAAGCUUUCUUACAAUGAGAAGCUCUUUGCAAAAGAUCAACUGUACAACCAGGCCUUUCAAGCCUCCAACGUUGCCAGCCUGGUCCACAUGAUCUCAGAGACCUACACUGAAGUGUCCAACAAGUACCUGAUGGACAGAGUGAGCAGCCUGGGUAAGCUCAUGGCCAUGGAUAAGGAGAAACCAGAGUUCCUUCAUGAGCGUCUGAAUCUGCAGGAGUCCUGUCAGGAAGCUCAGAGAGGGAUUCUGCAGCUGGUCCUGAAGAACAAGAAAGAAUUUGAGAUAAAGACCGGUGCCAGGAUGAAGAAAAUAGAGGGUGAACUGAAGGCCAUUCUUCCAGCUGCUCCACCUGAGGAGACUGAGAGAAUCAAAGAGAUCGUUCAGGACGGCUUCAGUAAAGAUGAAGAGGAGAGUUACUACUGAUUCAAAAUAACUGUUCUUCACAUCAGAUGAAAACAGUGUGUAGAUAUCUAGAUAAUCAAGUUAUAAGCAGAAGCUUCACAUGCAUGUUGUUAACAAGUAAUCUACUCUGUGUGAUAAUGUUGACCUGAGCAAUGAACCACGGUAAUCCUGUUUGAUGAUUAUGUUCAUGUAAUGCAUGUCUUACUGGAGAGAGUGGAAAAAAGAAAUAAAAAAAGUAUUAUCAGAGCUAUAGAUGUGUUUGUCUACAGAGAUAUUUCUUAGAAGUGUUGUGUUUGCUUUACUUCAGAGAGCUGAUGUUUAACUGUUGAAUAUAGUUUAAUUCUGCUGUUUGAAAUAAUUCUGGCCUUUUUUCCACCAGGGCUGCAGAUCUUCUGCAGACCGUCCUGCUUAAAAUCUUUUCUAUUAUUUUAGAGAAAAAUGAUUCAGAAGAACUCCAUUUGAAGUAAUUCUUUGUGGUCAACAAGGUAAUUUAUCCUUGCAAUGAGAAUUUAAUAGUUUUUGGUUUCCUUUUCCUUUUCCAUUACACUGAAUAUAUUUUGUGUUUUAGCUGUGUGUAAUCUUUUAUAUUGUAAUCACUUUUUAGUCUGGAUUUUUGAGGUCUCUGUAUUCUACUUGCUGUGCUGAAUAAAACUAAGUAGAUCGUCUGCAUGCAUGUUGUUAACAAGUAAUCUAUUCUGUGUGAUAAUGUAGACCUGAGCAAUGAACCAGGGUAAUCCUGUUUGCUGUACGGCAGCAUCCUUUCCUUCUUAUUGGUUCCUGUCACUUUACUGAUCCAAGGCUUCUUCAUCCACUGCCUGAUACUUUCUAAUUAUUCCCUCAUGUUCGAGAUGCUAAUCUAGAAUCAGAUAACACAAUGAGGAAUACUGGCUCAAUAUACUGGAUCAUUAUACUGGAUCAGUCUGUGUAGUCGUGUGGCUCUGGUAAUCUAGUACAUGUUUAAGAAAUUACGUUUGUUGCAUUUGCACCAUUUAAUUUGUAGAUAUUGUGUAUUUAAAGACAGUGGAAAUACUUUUUCAAGUUGUAAACAAUAACCUCCCUGUUUGUAUUCAGAAAUGUUUUACAUUAAGAAAAUAUAAUGAUAAUUUCAGAGAGUUGUAUACGUCUGAAACAUGUAAAGAACAGAUGUGAAGUGUAGGUGUGUUUCAGAUUGUGGAAACAACUUGAUGAUGAGGUGAAACUGUGCAGGUCUGCGAGAUAAUUUGCUCUAUAUAAAUAAAAUUGACUUGACUUCUAAAAAAGCUUUCAAUCUAAAAUAUUUAAGGAUCCUACGAGAUAAGGCUAUUAGAUAAUGAGACUGCACUUAUGAGGAUAAAACCACAUGGUUCACAGUCACACUGAAUGUGAUAUAUUAAAGGUUGGGUAUUCACAUACAGCCGCUGUAAGUUUCCAAUGAGUGACAUCUUUAGUUCAUGGUUAGCUACUGAUUGAAGUGCACAUGUUUUUUCUAAGGCAUCAGAAAAUGAUUUGUUUAAAAGUCAAGCAAAGCAUUAACUUGAAAUUUUUGGUGAAUUAGAACAAAACAGCAGCCGAAUCUUUUCGUACAUUAACCGAAGUGCAUGAGGAACACGGCUUGUCACAUGACUACUAACAUUCUGGGCGUCCAUGCACAUCAAAAACUUCUGAAAACAAAUUGAACAAGUCAUUUGAAAUGAUCGACGACUCAGUGUAAGAAUGAUAGAAGAGAUGGUCUCCAGUGAUAAAGAGACAGUUCAGCAAAAAUCAGCAUGAAAAUUUGAACAUGACAAAAGUGUGUUUGUUUCUGUUCAAUAAAAUUGUAUUACAGCA